AUGCUAAAAAUGUCAAAUGAUGAACGAUUAAGAUCAUUGACAAUUAUUUAUUAUACAUCAAUGGGAUGUUUAAAUAUGAUACUACCUAUUGAUGAUGAUCAACAUUUACAAGAUAUUGUAUCAUCAGUUGUUUCCUAUGAUGUAAAAUAUCCAUUUUAUCAUAAUAAAUCGAAAAAUCUACGAAUGCGUCUUAUCAUCGAUAUUGGUAAUUUACUUGAUAUACUUAUAGAGAAUAAUUCAGAUAAUGUUAAUUCAAUUAAAUUAGCUCUUAAAAUAUAUUCAUUAUCAUCAAUCUUUUAUGGUAUAACAAAAGAUGAUAUUUAUAAAUUGUCUAGAGAUAUUCAAUCUAAUAAAAGAUUAAUUAAGAAUAAACUUUCUGAUAAACGACAAAAUCCUCGUUUUCUAUCAAUUAAAAGUGUUGAAUUACAAUUCAAAAAAAUUGAAAUGAAUAAUUGUCAAAUAUUGACUGAAAUUGAUAAAAAAAUUAUAUUAAAAUUAUUUGAUUUAUCAAUUAAUCGAUAUAGUGAAGUAGAGUUAAAUUUUUUUCCAAUAAACAAUUUCAAAGAUAAAUAUUUUAGGACAUGGAAACAACAAAAAUCAAUAAUGCCAUUAUUAUGUCUUCUUCUACAAAAGAAUGUAUCUAUUCCACAUUCAUGUAUUCAAACAUUUGUUGAUUUUCUUAUUCAUGAUAAUAUGGAAUUACGACAGUGUGCUACAAAAGGCAUUGUAGCAUUAUGUCAUUUACAAAAACCACCUCGAAUUUAUGCAGAAAAAAUUCUGCAUAAUAUAAAUCAAUCAUCAUCAAAUAUCGACAUAAAUAAUAAUUAUUCAGUCGAUUAUAAUGAUAACUCAUGGAUAACAAUCGAUAGUUUUAAACCACCAGAGGCACAAAUCGAAUGGGAACAAAUAUGUUUUUUAGAUAAAUCAUUUUAUGGUUAUUAUACAUGGCCAAAAAUAAUUAAAUAUUCAAUAAAUACAAGAAUACGCUAUACUCAACAUACAAUGCCUGAAAAUGUAGCUAUUUUAUAUAAUCGUUUUAUUGAUAAGAAUUUUCUUAAGCAAUUUAUAAAAUUAAUAAUUUUCGAUGAAGAUAAUGAUAUAAUAAAUUUUAAUAAAACUAGAUUUACAACAUUUAAAAGUCUCUUUUGUAAUUUUGGUUCUGUAUUUAUUGAUAAUUUUAAGGAAUUAUUAUAUUUACUUAUUUAUGAAGAGAUGAAAGAAAACGAAAAAGGUAGUCAUCGAGUAGCAACUGAAAUUGUUGUCGGUAUGAUUCUUGGUUCAAAAAAUUUUCAAUGGCGUAUUCCAUCUAUUUGGUAUUCUAUACAUCAACAAGCUAAAAUAUUAUUCGAUCAUCCAUCGAAAUCUAUACGAAAAAUAUCAAUAUCACUUAGCUUAGAUAUAACAUUAUCUAAUAAAAAUUUGAUACAUGAACCUAAUGUUAAUCAAUUUUUUGAUGAUAUAUGUGAACGAUUACGAGAAGUCAUUGAAAUUUAUGAUAAGAAACCAUUAAUCAAUGCCUCGAAUCAAGCAAUUACAUUGGAAUUUGAAAGUUGUAAAGCAUUAAAUUUUACAGAAACAGUGUGUAUAAAUUCGAAAUGGCAUGCACAUCGAGCUGCUAUUGAUUUUAUUCAAAAUAUGAUCUUUUGUAAUUUAUUCAAUGCUCGUCAAUAUGCUAAACAAUUACAUAGACUUGUAAUUAAAUGUUUAUUUGAUGAACAACUUGAACAAUACUUUUGUAUGAUGAGUAAGACUAAUUAUUUUACAAUAAUCGAUAGUAAAAAAGUAACAUUGACAAAGAAUAUUAUUACACGACAUGGAGGUAUUUUGGGUUUAUGUGCCAUGGUUCUCUCAAGUCCAUAUAAUAUUUCAUCUUAUAUAUCAGACGCAUUAAUAUUUCUUUGUAAACAUUCAAAUGAUCGUCAUAUGAUACAAGUGAAACUUCUGACUGAUCAACUAGAAAAUGUAUUACAAGCAAUAGCUAGUUCUCAAGCUCGACGUCGAUUUUAUGCUGAAGAUCCGAUUACAUUUGAUAUAUUCAAUAGAAAUAUUGAUCGUACAUCAACAGAUCUCAAUGGUGAAUUCAUGUUUUCUCGACUUCUGAUUGAUACACUUCUUCGAAUGAACACUUAUGAAACAGAUAGAUCUGAAUUUAUUGAUCUUUGUAAAAUUCAAUAUCAGACAAAUCCAUUUGAACUAAUUAGUUUACAUAAUUUUGAGCUUACUUAUUCAGCUGAUCAAGCUCUUCAAUGGUACACAAAAGAAUCAUUCUUAUAUCGUCUAUUGAACAAAGCACUUCGAGUGCGAAAUAUUGAUUUACUCUAUCUCAUUCGAUUCUUUAUUCGUGAUUUGUACAAACAAUUAACACAAAUACGAUGCUCAACACCUCAGCGUGUCUUUCGUGGUCAAUUGAUGUCGGUCGAAGAGUUUCAAGUAUUUCAACAAUCACUUGGACAAUGUGUUUCUAUGAAUUCAUUUAUUUCAACUAGUCUAAAUCGAGAUUUAGCUCUUUUCUAUCUAGGCGAUAGAAUAAACGAUAGUGAAAAUGGUCCAAAACGUCUCUUAUUCGAAAUCAAUGCUGAUCCUUUGAUUGAAUCUAGCAAACCAUUUGCUGAAAUAUCUUCAUUUAGUAAUUUUCCUGAAGAAGAAGAAGUUCUUUUCAUGCUCGGAAGUGUUUUUCAUCUUGAUUCUAUUGUCUUUGAACCAAAUGAACGAAUUUGGAGUGUCGAAAUGACAUUACGUAGUGAUAAUGAACAUCAAACAAAAAAUGUUUAUGAAAAAAUGCGAAAUGAAUUAUGUGCUGGUGAUGAAACACCAAAUUUAAUUCAUUUGGGAAACAUCCUUUACGAUAUGGGACAGUUUGAAAAAGCUGAAAAAUAUUUCCGUCGUCUCCUCAACAAUCUACCAAAUGAACAUCCAGAUAUCGCAAAUUGUUACCAUAAAUUAGGUCUCGUAAUGAAUGCUCAAGGUGAUCAUCAAGGUGGAUUGAAAUUGCUUCAAAAAGGUUUACAAAUACGUUUAGAAACUUUACCAUCAAAUCAUGAACAUAUCGGAAAUAGUUACAAUAGUAUUGGAUUUAUAUAUGAAGACACAUAUGAUUAUCAAUCAGCAAUCGAAUGGUACAAGAAAGGUUUAAUCUUUUAUCGAGACAUACAUGGUGAUGAACAUCCAAAAAUUGCUUUAUCUCUCAAUAAUAUUGGUAUGAUGUAUAAUAAGCUACAUAAAUAUAAUGAAGCUCUUGAAUGUCACUGCAAGGCUCUUGCUAUGAAAGAGAAAUUUCUUCCUGUUGAUCAUCCACAAACAGGCAACUCUUUGCAUAAUAUCGGCGAAGUCUAUAGAAGUUUGGGCGAAUAUGAUAAAGCACGAGACUAUUAUAAAAAAGCUCUUGAUAUGUACGUUAAAACUCGGCCAUAUCUUCACGCAAAUACUGCUUAUAUUUCAACUAGCUUGGGUCUUUUAUACGAAAUGAUGAAUAUGCUUGAUGAGGCCCUUGAAUAUUUAUACAAAGCAGAAGACAUUUUCGUUCAAUUGGCUCUAUCAGAAACCCAUCCGUAUCAUCACAGAGUGAAAGAAGCAAUUGCACGUAUUGUAACCAAGAGAAACUAA